AGCUCUUUGAUGUUCCCUAACCCGCCUACCGUCGCGUCCCCAAUCGAGACAUUCUCGGCCUUUACGGUGCAUCUCGUCGUCUAUCGCAACUUUUGGCUUGAUUCUAGUACAUAUGGUUCUGUGGUGCCGCCACAAGCACACGAGGUUUUGGGCAACUGCCCAGCCAUCCAAACAGCCGCCCACCAGCCACGUCCGGCGCGACCUCGUCCCAUCAUGAGGCUGGAUAUGCCUCGAUAUCAAAACAUACGCCUGAUGCUAGUUGCGAACCCGCCUGUCUCGUCUCAGUCUAGCGAUCCCGAAUCAGGCCUGGCACGUGCGCGCCACAUCCUUCCCAUGUACAAAAGAGCUCUUCGACGACUGCCCUAGCUGCGGGUACUACAUAGCUCUCUUCCUCUGUGAUAGAGUUUAGACCACCCGCCGCCGCCGAGUCUCCUCUCGGUGAACCCUCGGUGAACCCUGCGGAAUGUAUGCAUGGAUGCACCCCUGCCGCAAGCAUCGGACCAGCAUUGUUGAGCCACGAGGUUCCCCACUCCCCAGACGUGGACGGGGCCGGCAAGCGGGAACACGGGGAAGAUCGUCCCGGACACGUCCCAACGGGUGCCUACCAAACAGUGGCUGAGUGGCUACAGGAGUCGGCGCCGCUGGUUUCGACGGUGGAAGCUUUCUCUCAUUGCGACUAGUUCCUGGUAUGGGCGGUUAGCGCAAGGACAUCAAGCGAUUAUUUUAUUGCUCCGAAAGAACGGCGCCGGUGGACGCGAUGAAGUCCAUGAAACGAAAAUGAUCAUUCAGCCUGAGCCAGCAUGUUCUUACAGACAGGCUGGCCUGUACUGCGCUUUUUCAAAUUAUACUAAGAGUAUGGGAUCGUCAACGAGAUCCAUUGAUUGCUAUGGAGUGGAGUGGAGAGGAGAAGAGAGAGACUGGCGGAGUCUUGAAGGCUAGAAACGGUGCGGUCUAUGAAUAGGUCCCUCGCAUUUGCGCUUCGAGCAUUUGAAUAGCAUCUACCAGCUGUUCAGGCAUGCUCAGAAAAGGGCAGUGGCCUGAUUCAAGCGUGACGGCUUUGGCCUCUGGUCCAAGUUGCGCCGCCAUUUUCUGCUGGGCGGCCAGUGGUAGCGCAUGGUCCUUGGCACAAAAGAUGUAAGCACAAGGUAUCCCAUCCUUCCAAGGCUCGUAGCCACUGGGCGUUGCGAAAAGCGCGGCUGACGUGUGCGUCAUCUCGGUCAUCCAUCUCUGCUGUUCUUCGGCGUUGAGGUCGUUGAACAUAACGUCAGCCAACAUUUCUUGACGCCCGAAAACCCGGUCGCCCUUUUGAUCAGUUAGCAAUAGUUGCAGCUGACGUGAGACUCACACACAAUGGCGGACCGACUUACCUUGUAUUCCAUCCACGGGAGAGGUUUUCCACCGAGCAUAUCGAGCAAAGCCUUGCCAUGAGGGAUCGCGAAGGUGGCCAAAUAGAUCAUGCCUAUGACAUUGUCCUGGCCUUUUAUCGCGUUGCUGCCAACUAGGCCACCGGAGGAAUGACCCAACAACAAGGCUGUCUUGCCCUGGCGGGCAAGCUCGCCGAGCACGUAUUGCACCGCUGCAACGUCGUCAGCUAGACGGUGGAGAGGCGUCGCUGUGCUACCAACGGUACGCAGUUCGACAUGGAUAGCCUCGAAACCUGCGGUGUGUAGUUGUUGCACAAGGUCAUUCCAAACGACGGGCUUCUGCCAAGCACCUGGCACGAUGACGAUGACCGGCUUGGACAUGAUGCAACUGUGUCGUGAAGGUGUUUUUUUGAGAGGGGUUUCUAGGUAGGCUUGAGGACAUAUAAAAGAGUGUGGGAAAUGCGUUAUCGAAUAGACGAUUUUCCUCUUUUAUCUUCAACUAGUUUGGGAGGUCGGUAUAGCAUAAGAUCCCUAUACCAUCGGCAUUCCGAGUAUACACUUUUCCGAGAUCCCUACUUAUACUAUCGACAUCCUGGUGUAUAUCAACUUUUCUGAGAUCCCUAUACGAGCUAUUGAUACCUUGGGGUACAUCACUUUUCCGAGAUCCUCAUACUAUCGACAUCCUGGACAAGUAUACGUGAUAUCGCGCUGGUAUAUAAGCCCCAGAGGCAUGUCACUAUACCCCGUCGACAUGCAGACCAGAAUUUCAACCGCCAACCUGCUCCAGUUGCUGGUUCUUUUUCUUCCAACUCGGACUGUUCAGUGCUCUAGCGUAACACGUGCGCCCGCCCCUGAAAACAUGACUUCUCAACGAAUUGACGUUCACCACCAUUUUGUCCCGGAGUUUUAUGCACAAGCCUUACGAGCUAACGGUGGUGACCCCUCGGGAUGGUCCAUCCCGGACUGGAGCCUGGAGAAGGACCUGUCCUUCAAUGACGAGCAACGCAUAUCCUUUGCCUUUCUUACCAUCACUGCUCCCGGUGCUGAAAUUCUCCCCCUCGUCGAGCAGGCUGGCUUUUGUCGACAAGCUAACCAAGCGGCCGCCGAGAUCCGUGCGGCCCAGCCAGCCCGCUACGGCUUUUUCGCUACUAUUCCGUCCUUGCUUGACCCCGAGGCUGCCCAUACAGAGAUCAUCCACGCGCUGGAUGAGUUGCAGGCCGACGGCAUCAUCUUGUACACUCGCUACGGAUCGGACAACCAUUAUCUAGGCCACCCGGACUUCCGCUCCACCUGGGACCUGCUCAACAAACGCCGCGCCACCGUCUUCGUUCACCCAACGCACCCCGUGGACACCCACUGGGUCAACCCCUCGCUUCCGCAGCCCAUGAUUGACUAUCCUCACGAAACUACCCGUACCGCCGUCGACCUGAUUAUCUCGGGCAUCAUGCGUGAAUUCACCGACGUAAAGAUCAUCCUCUCUCACGCCGGUGGCACCUUGCCCUACCUGGCGCUGCGUCCAGCCGCGGUACUGCCGUACCUUCCACCUUCGAUUGCGCCCCCCAUUGUUGCAGCAGCAGUAGCAGCACAGGAGGGCCACCACCCGACUGACGUUACCAACCAGUUCAUGGAGGACGCCAAGCGGUUCUACUUUGAUACAGCAUUGUCGACGGGCUCCCAUACUCUGUCGCUGUUAAAGGAGUUCGCAAAGCCGGACCACGUGCUGUAUGGUAGCGAUUUCCCUUAUGCGCCGUCGCCCGCUAUUGCAGAUAUGAACGCAAGACUGGACAGGUACGGCGCGGAAAAGGACGAGGCAUUUGUCCAGUCCGCUGCGUCGGAGGCUGCGUUAAAGUUGUUUCCUCGCUUAAGCAAUGUCCUAUCAAAGAAUUACUAUGCUUAG